UGACUCUUACCAUAUGGGCAUGUUGAGUCCCUUUCCCACUGGCCCACCACUCCUUUACUUUCACCAGCUUUUUCCCCCUUCUCUGUUUUUCUUCCCCGUUUGCUUUUCUUUUUCUCUUCUGAUCUCUCUUCGAUAUCCGGGAAAGCACUCUAGCUCAUGUCUUUUAACGCAACCAAACACCCCCUUAUCCUUAUCCUACACGCCUUCACCCACUCCGCGCAUUUUAGUUCCACCGUCAGGAACGCGCACUCCUUAUCAUACACACCCACAGUGUAGGAUAGAGACGACCAUUACCAUCAUUUUUAGUCGCCAUUAGACGUGUCUUAUUCUGAAAGGUCCACGUCAGCGCUGCUUAAGCUUUUAUCAUCCCGUGUUUCUCCGUUGCAGGGGUUCUCUAGUUUCUCUUCUGUUUCUUUUCUUUUGGUUUCAGCUUCAGAGUCACCGGACGGGUUAAAGAAAGGGAGAAGUUUACCAACCAUGGGGUCGAUCCCCGAUCAAGGCGAGUUGACCGAGUUAACUCAGCCGAGUUUCGACGAGUUCCAGCGUCAAACGUCUCUGAUGACGAGCUGCACUCUCCUGUGGAAAGAACUCUCCGAUCACAUCAACUCACUCGAGCAAAACCUGAUGAGAAAAUCGGAGGCCUUGAAGCGCAAAAUUGAAACACUAGACUCGGAGACCAAGGCCUCACUAGACUCACUCAAGAAGCGCGAGCUAAGCAUCGAUGACAGCGUCAAGAUCGCACUCAAUCGAGUAGAGUUCCAUAAAAAAACUGCCUUGGAAACCCUUAACGACGACGUCGAAGACAAUCCCGACGGCGAAGUUGACGAUGGAGACGGCCUUUUGCAACUCCUAAAAUCAACGUGCUUGAAAAUGAAAGCUAAAGAGUUCUGGAACUUGGUGACUGGCAAAAAAAAAGAAAUCGAUUUGUUAAGAGAGAAAAUUCCGGAGGCUUUAUCAGAAUGCAUCGAUCCGGCGAGGUUCGUUGUGGAGGCCAUAUCGGAAGUGUUUCCGGUGGAUAAAAGAGGGAAUGAGAGAACAAAUGAUUUGGGAUGGGCUUGUGUUUUGAUUCUGGAAAGCUUAAUUCCGGUGGUGGUUGAUCCGGUGAUCGGAAGAUCUAGGAUGCUUGUUACGCCAAGUAUGAAGGAGAAGGCGAACGAAAUCGCAGAGACCUGGAAAAGGAGUCUUGAAGAGAGAGGAGGGAUUGAGAACGUGAAGACACCGGAUGUUCAUACUUUUUUGCAACAUUUGGUUACCUUUGGGAUUGUUAAGAAAGAGGAUCUGGAGCUUUAUAGUAAGCUUGUUGUUGGUUCUGCUUGGAGGAAACAAAUGCCUAAACUUGCCAUUUCGCUUGGCCUCGGUGAUAAAAUGCCUGACAUGAUUGAAGAAUUGAUCAGCAAGAGACAGCAGCUUGAUGCAGUUCAUUUCACUUAUGAAGUUGGCCUUGUGGACAAGUUCCCCCCUGUACCCUUGCUGAAAUCUUUCUUGAGGGAUGCGAAGAAGGCUGCAACUUCUAUUUUAGACGAUCCCAAUAAUGCUGGCCGGGCUGCGCAACUUGCUGCACGCAAAGAGCAAUCAGCACUUCGAGCUGUCAUCAAGUGCAUUGAAGAGUACAAACUCGAGGCUGAGUUUCCACCUGAAAACCUCAAGAAACGCCUUGAGCAGCUAGAGAAGACCAAGACUGAGAAGAGAAAGCCAGCUGCUGUCCCUGCUAACAAGCGAACGCGGGCUAGUAAUGGUGGUCCAAUGCCUCCAGCUAAAGCUGGCCGUUUGAUGAAUGCAUAUGUCUCAUCUUUUCCUGCACCUCCUACAUUUGUCAGGUCUCCAUCACAUUCCCAGUACCCUGCUGCAGUCCCAGCAUACCCAUCCCCACCUGCCAUGUAUGGAAGCAGGAGCCCACCCACCAAUCCCUAUGCUUACUCACCAGAAGCAGUCCCUCCUCCCCUCACUGGUUCUUAUCCUGGAGCUCCCAUGAACUAUCCCGCGUAUGGCGGUUACGGUAAUGGUUUGGCACCAUCUUAUCAGCAGGCUUACUACCGAUAGACAAUGACUACCAUGGAUAUGGUAACCACUGAUAUGAUGACUACCGAACCAAUCUCAGUUUCUUUCUAAAUGGUUUGUUUGUAAUCACUAACCUUUUUAAUGGUAGCGAUGUCUGUGUGUUAAUUAUAAAUGUUCUGCUUCUUGCUUUGCCAUGGUGAGAAGCUGUGUUUCUAAUGUUGAUCAAACUUUUAGUACUAGGUGAUUGUGAAGUAAUCACGGUGGAAUCAUAACAAUGUCUAAACUCAAGACAACCCUGUAGAAUUAGUUGUAGAAAGAUGUUAUUCUGUUUA